GUCCAUCUAUAAUUACGAAGUCAGACCGCGUGGAGAAUUUCAAGCCGACCCUGGAGAAUCGCGGCAGGAGGACGCGGGGUGAGUCGAGGGGAAGUCCAAAGAGACGGCCGGGGUCUCGGUGUCGGUGUCGGGAUUCGCGGCGUGCUCUCCAGCGCGCGAAGAAGAAGGAAGAGAGUGAAUUGGGAAGGAGCGCGCGGAAGGAGAUUCGUGCUCUCGUUGACUCCGGCAGAGCGGCCAGUUUCAGACUCGGCGCUGGACCGUGAGCCACGCGAUCUCUCUGCCUCUCUUCUCUCUCGCUCUCGCUCUCUCUCCCUCUCUCUCCUUCUAACGCGCGCGGCCGCAAGAUGUGAGGAUCGACAUCGAUCGCGUCGUACAGCGAGAGUAGAGCCGUCGCCUUCCCGAUGAUAGAAUGACACCGCGUGCUUCGGCUCGCUCCGUCUGCGUGGCCGAUCGAGAGGAGAUCGAACGCGGAGAGUGCAGGCCGUAAGAUCGAGAGCGAGAGUGCGGAUUGAAGUUGUCCGGAACGAGAUCGCGGGUCCGCGAGUCCGAAGCGAAAAGCUUGGAGCGUCGGAGUGGCGCGAUUGGAUAGCUCGCGCUUGAAUCGAUCGCACCAAGUUUGGGAAGAGAUUUGCGGAAAGAAAGAGGAGAGAUCAGGUGAAACGUCGCGAGUGCGCCAAGCGUUGAAGUCUCCGCUGAGCGCGUAUGUACAUCGUAUAUACGCGUGUCUUUUAACACACGCGAUACCAAGUCCACGCGCGAUCCAGCUGCCAUGAUCUAUCAUCAGUCGAGUCAUCAAGCGCCCACGAUGUCGUCCAUCAGGAAGUCGUCGCCCGGACCGCAACGUCGUUAUAGCCUGCAAGCGUCCCCGGCGAAAUGCGCCAAGACGAAGCGGGCGAACGAUCGGGCGGUCAACGAGGAGAGAUGCAGAGGUAGAUGCAGGGUGCAGUGGAGUGAGAAACACGUGAAGGAGGGCUUGGUCCUCGUUCAGGAGGCGCAGCUCGCCAGGGUGGUCAAGACGGGACCCAUUACAGAGCACUACGAGAUCGAUCCAAAACCGUUCGCGAGCGGUCAGUGGGCGAGAGUCUAUCGCUGCAGGUCGCGAUCGACCGGCAUUCUUUACGCGGCCAAAUACUCGUCCAGGAACCGAUUCAACGCCGAUUGUAGCGCGGAACUGAGACACGAGAUCGCUUUGCUGUCCCUGUGCUCGCAAUCGCCACGUGUCGUCAGGCUGCACGAUGUCUACGAGACGCCGAAGGAAAUUAUCUUAGUCAUGGAAUACGCGCCCGGAGGCGAUUUACAGACGCUCAUCGACGGCGAUUUGGUGCCCCUCGAAGGUGACGUCGUACACUUUGUGCGGCAGCUAGUGGAAGGACUCGCCUACCUCCACGAGAGAAAUAUCGCCCAUUUGGACAUCAAGCCUCAAAAUCUGGUCAUGAUGGGCUCCUUCCCGGACUGCGAUGUUAAGCUAUGCGACUUCGAAAUCUCGAGAGUGAUUCUCGAGGGCACUGAGGUCCGGGAGAUUCUUGGUACGCCGGAUUAUGUCGCGCCUGAAAUACUGCAUUAUGAGCCGAUCACGCUGGCAGCCGAUAUGUGGUCGCUCGGUGUCACGACCUACGUACUGCUGACGGGUUUCUCGCCCUUCGGCGGCGAGACCGAUCAGGAGACCUUCCAGAAUAUAUCUUUAGGGGAGGUGGACUUCCCCGAAGAGCUGUUUGAGGAUGUCUCGGUGCAGGCAAAAGACUUUGUCGCAAAACUUUUGGUGCUAGACCCAAGUGCACGGAUGACCGCGAAGCAAUGCCUGCGCCACGACUGGCUGCGCGGCGCGCCAACACAGGCGUCGCCGCAUCUGCGAAGGUAUCUGUCGAAGUCGCGGGAGGUUCUUUUAGAGCGCGUGGUUAGUCGUGAGAAUCUGAGGAGGGCCGCGCUGAUUAGCCAGACGACCAGCCAGGCGAGUCUCUGCCAGGGGGACAUCCGAUCGGAAAGCGAUCAGAAUUAUCAGCACCGUCAACAGGGCUUACAGGAUUGCAUGCUCAGCCAAAGCGAGAUGUGUCUGAGCCAUCGCCUAACCGGAAGUCGCUCGAGUUUGGAGGGUAGCGAGGGUUUCACCAGCCCGGCGGAUUCUCAGGCCAGCCUGAACUCCUCCAGAACCAGCCUGAGUUGCGCAAGCCAGAGCUGUCUGCUGAAUCAAGAACAAACCCAGGGACUGCUGAGUAAAGCUCAGAGCCGAUCUCAGGCUAAUCUGAAUCAGGGCCUGAGUCGCGGUAUACUGUCGAGGAUUCGUAGUCUGAAUCACGUUCAGUCUCAAGCGUGUCUGCUGAACGGAUCCUCGCCGAUCAACUGCGGGCGAGCCGGUGCUGUCGCCACGAUGAAUCCCGUAAUCAGUAAGUCCCGCGAGAAACUGUACGGCUUGAGAUCCCUGUCCAAGUCUCAGGGCGUUCUAGACAUCUAUAGAAGUCUGGAAUGCCUAAAACGGCGAAGGAAGAGCUACCAGCGCGCGAGGACCGAGGACAUGUUGCCGAUUUUCAAGCAACUCGGUGCCGAGAUUGCGUCCUCUAGACUCACACCCUCGAUCAGCGACGAUCGUUUGGCCGUUGACGUAAAAUCGGAGAGCGAUUUAACAUCCGAUAAAAUCGAGCGAAAAAGUGUGCCGAUCGUUUCGUCGACAGAAACGAAGAUACCGAGCGAUUUCAGUAGCGAUCGGAAUCGCGUUGAGUCGGCUAAUGAAUCGCAACGCGCAGCGAAGAACGCAGAACCGCAGACGUCGAAGAAACUCACCGCGGAAUCCGAGGAGAAUCUAGAUUCUCUCAAGUCCGUCGAAUCGGACACUCUGACGGAGGAUUCCGACGAGAUGCCGCUGUGCCGCAACGCGGUGCCCGCCAACGCGGACAAACAUCCCUGCGAACGUCAGCAUUCCGACGUGUCCAGCCGUUCCAACAACUCGGCGGCGUCCGACGACAAGGAGGAUCGCUCGACGGAGUCGGAGAACGACGAGCCGAAGUUCACGGUGGCGCAGCUGGUCUCCGCCUUCAACAAGCAUCAGGAGGUCGCCUCGAAGACGAGCCUACGGGCAAUCAUGUCCGAGAGGCGGAUCAACGAGAUGAUGUUCCCGACCGGCACGAAGGCGUUGCGUCUCUUCAUCCCGGACAUCAACAUCACCGAGAGCAAGAUCGUCAGGCGAAAGACGAGCUACAAGCCGCGAAAGAACUGGGAAGAGCUCAGGAAGCGCAACGAGAAGAAUGAGGGCAUCUUGAAGAGCCUCGACAACGAUUCCGGCAACGAGGACGACGACAAUGAGGACGAGACUCGGGACGGUACGAAGGAUGAUGCCGCGAAAAAUGAAAGGGAUUCCGCGGGGAGUGCGAAGGUAGGUGUAACCGAUGUUUCGCAGGAUUUAAUGAUUCGGGAGGAAGCGAAUUUAUCCUUAGAUCGAUGGUCGCUCUUGCGAUCCGAGGAGAAUAACGGGAGUAUCUUCGUCGACAAUGCGGAUAUUGCGGGUACUCAGAACAACCUUGACACUACGAUAGACGAGAAGUACAAGCAAUGCGUGAAAGAUGCUAUGUCCGGCAAGACAGAUACGCUCGAGGACAAAAAUGAGGAGAAAUAUGCAAAAUCGCUGGAAGUGCAACCGAGAAUUACCGUUCCGGUACGUCAAAAAGAGAGAUUACCAAAUUACAUAUACUCGAACGUAACUGUCGCGGCCAAAGACAACAAUCGCGAAGCGUCGAAAAAGACUGUUGUCGCGGCUAACGGGAAACCCGGACCUAGAAUGCCUAAGAUCGAGCGAGCCAAACCGAGUUUUGGCGCCGAUUCCGCGAAUGUAAAUCUCAAGGAUAUUCUGCAACGGGUGGACAAUUCCCAAAGUGCCUCUAGAGAAAAUCUGGAAAAUCUGAGGAAGAGAACAUCGAUCGCGAAGAUUAUCUUAAACGACAAUCUCGUCCAUGACAAUCAAGAGAGUGGUCCCGGCGGCUGCACGGCGACGAAUUCUCGCGCGAAAAGCGAACCGCCUUCAAAUGACAAUCAGUCGGAGGAACGAACGAAGCUGAUGGUACCACCGUCCUUCAUCCGAUCCUCUUCCUUGUCCAGCGACAGCAGCUGCCCCACGCCGUCGAGCGUGCAGUCUGACGUGAACGUGUCGUGGGAGGACGUCCAGGUCGCUACGGGCUCCAGCACGUCCCUGGAGAAGGAGGACGUUUACAGAGUCGCGAAGAAGAGCGACGUCCAGCGAACGUGUAGCGAGGGAAGAAACAGACAGUGCGCGGACGACCGGAAGGUCUGGGGGCGGAUCUGUACCGGCUCGUACACCAGGGCGAUGGAAAAGUUUAGCGGUAAAAAUAUAGACGCCACGAAGAAGUCACUGGGCUCGACGAUCCUCACGCAACAGUUGGAAAAGACUAGAAGAAAGAGUAGUCCUGCGAUGCCGCAAUAUGUAAAUCCUUAAGGAUCUCGAUCUUUUAGAUGCUCGCUAUAACGUACGCUGCAAUGUAAUUUGGAUGAGAGACCUGACGUCAUAAAUACAAUAUGUACAUUCAUUUAAUGUUCCUGAAGGAAUAUUCGACUGGACGUGAUGCGGAUUGCAGUAACGCGAAAUCGAAGUGAGAAGGAGAUUGAUACUUUUUUUUUUUCUCUAUAUUUUAACAAGGCGGAAGAGAGAUAAUGUUCUCGCAACCUUGGCAGAUGACCGUGAAUGCGAACCUUGGGCGAUUCACGGGCAUUAGAAACUCCGUUGCAGUGCCACGCGCCGACAUCUCCGAUCGUAAGCGUAUCGACGUGGCUUAAUGACACGCGGAGACACGUGUCAGCGAUUCUACCGGCCGUCAUUAACGUCCCACUCGAUUUGCGUCGAGCGCAUGAUCGACGGCUCAAGCGUUACCCCUUUGGCUUAAUCACCAUAUUAAGGGAACACUUAUCCUUAUUCACGCGCGCGCACGCGUGCAUAUACCGCCAGAGUAAGGGUGGUGAAUAUAUUUUCAGAAAAACAAGGGCAUAGUGGAUAAAGUAGAGUGUAGUUACUUCGAGAUUCUGACAUAAAUCAUCGUCUCAGUUACGCACUAUGCUUUUUUUUUAAAUAUUCAUAAAACAUUCUUAAAUUUUCUUUGAUGUUUUUUAGAAGUUUCAAAGUUU